GCACAACGAAGGUGAGAAAUAAUCGCGGCGUUUUUUUUUUUCCUGGGAAGGGAAGAAACACACAGCUGAAGCUGAUAGUGUGAGGAAGCGGGGCGAGCCACAACAUAGAGGUUGCAGUUGGAUCCUCUUCGUAAGGCCUGAAAGGAGACUCACCCCAGAGGAGAAGAAAACGCGAAGCGAGAUUGUCACCACUUCUUAUCACACAGCAGCUCAGCCCCAAUGGACAUCAACCUGGAAGAGCGAGCGUACACCUCCCCGCUGAUGCGGUACAUAUAUCAGCAAAGCCAGCCCGCAAAGAAAAGCAAAAGUGAAGAAGAAAAGAGCUACGGAUAUACCCCAUUCAGCAUACGGUUAGGAAGCCUGCCAAUAAAAAAUCCCAGCGACAAUAAAUAUAUUUCAAAUAUGAACUCCUUAAACAUCGUGAAUAUGCUCCCCCUGUCUUUGUUCUCCAACUAUAAUAGCAACAAUAUGAGCUCAACGGACAUUUUGUUUCUGCCCAAGUUUUCUACGUUCCUCUUUUUCACCAUCCCCAUUUUUGUGAUGAUGCCCAAUUUGACGCUCUACACCAAGCACUGGUUCUUCUUCGCCCCGAAGUAGGCGGGGAGGGAGCGGAGGUAUGUCAGAAGCGAGGCAUGUCCCAAGCGAGGCAUAACAUGCAAGGAGUCAUGCUAUACGCGGAGGCAUCGCAUUAGUUGAAGCACUCAUGCGCGCAGGCGGAUGGGUUUCCCUAACCGGUCCGCCUCCCCCGUUUCGUCGUUAACCACACGGGAAGAGCAACCGGUCCAGCGUCGCCUCUUUCUAUGCGGUGGCGCCGCCAAGAUAUGUUU